GCCAAGUGGAGGUGGGCUGAGAAAGCAGGGCGCGGUGCCACGGGUUGGGUGCCAUCUCCUGUGCAGUGGAUCUGAUGUCCUCCUCAACACUGAUGGAAGACAAGACUGCCAGUGUGUGCACAAUUACAUCCAUCAGAACCUGUUGCAGCAGAAGUCUGACGAGAAGGAAGGAUGUGUUCAGUUUAGAAAGUUUCCCAGUCACGAAGAAGUCGCUGAGUUCACAUUGUCGAAGCAGGAUUUGCUGCACAAUGUCAGACUCUUCACUCAGCAGAGAGUGUAAAGCAUCUCCCCACCAGGCCAAACCGCACACCUGUGAGCCUCUUGGGACUUACCGCCAAAAGGUGCAAGAAUCACAGAUAAAAGACGGCCGUGACCUCUGUUUCACCCUGCAAGCCCGAACCACCUUCACUUCCAGGCCGGUCAGGAGGAGGCACAGCGUGAACGGGACCCUCACGUCGGUGUCAGGACAAGUCCCGGUCGCCGCGCCUCCCUUCCACCCCUACCUGCGACAAUGUAGCGAGGAGGCGGCGGCCAACCCGGGUUGUCUUCAGCGUGCCUCGUCGUCCUUGGGCGGCUUGCUGGAGGUGCGCGGCCCACAAGCGUGCUGUCUCACACACAACUCCGGCGGCGGGGCGCCGGCGCCGUGGGAACAGAACAACAGUAGACAUCAGUAUUCCUACCCAGACCUACCAGUGGCCCCUGCUGAGACUUCCCAGCGCUACCGUUCCUUCAGUGCAGGAAGUCCUCUCCCAGAGGUGGCAUCGAGAUUGUACACGACCGAGGAGCAUUACAGCAGACCCAUGCAUUCUCUUCACGGCCUCUCCUCUCACGCUCAUUACAGGAGCCCCGCACUGGCCCUCUUCCCCAAGCCGGCUUACUCGUACAGCAUUCUCAUCUUCAUGGCCCUGAAGAACAGCAAAACGGGAAGCCUGCCAGUCAGUCAGAUCUACAGCUUCAUGACGGAGAACUUCCCCUACUUUAAGACAGCCCCUGAUGGAUGGAAGAACUCGGUGCGACACAACCUCUCCUUGAACAAGUGUUUCGAGAAGGCGCAGAUCCAAAAUGGCAACUCGUCCCGUAAAGGUUGCCUGUGGUCUCUCAACCCCGCCAAGGUGGCAAAGAUGCAGGAGGAGCUCCACAAGUGGCGCCGCAAAGAUCCCGUCACUGUUCGCAGGAGCAUGGCCAGACCCGAGGACCUCGAUCGCCUACUUGGAGAUCGGCCCAACAAGUGGCGAUCGGUGCCGGUUUACGCCAGAACUGCAGGCUUUGAUGGCGCCUCCUCCUCAACACCCGGUCGACGUCCGCACUAUUCACAGACUUCUCCACCUUCGGAGCCGUUCCUCCACCUGCAUCAGCAGCUCACAGCUGACGUCCAACCUAACGCGGCUUCGAAUGGGAAGCUUCCGCCCGCCUACAGCGCCGCCCCGCAGGCCGACUUCAGCGUCAGGGGCCUGCAGGACUUUUUGUUCGAAGACUCCAGUUAUGAUGUGGACGUGCUCAACCCCAGUCUGACGGACCUGCAAUUGCAAGGAAAUUUUUGGGAGGAGUUGCGAGAAGACAGCUUGGCGUCAGUGGCUCCCACGAUGCCAACCUUCCCGCCCGGCCUGCAGGCGUCCUGCGUCCAUCCCGGCUGUGUGGACACAAUACUGCACUACUGUUAGUAAGAACCCCCCCCCCCCCCCCCCCCCCCCCCCCUCACCCCCGUGUCCUUUUCCGAGUGGAUUUACCUUGUUUUAAAGUUUAUUCAAGAGCGGACAAUUUGCUGCUGUAUUCUAACGCUCCUUCAGAGAUGUUUGAGGCCAAAUUGAAGUCCUCAAAUCUUUCUUCUCCCGGGUGUGAUGGAGGGACAAUAGAAACUAUGACCACAACACA